AUGGCAAGUAAUAAGAUCUCCAAAUUCACCUUGCUGAAGCGGCGUCCUGACCUUACCCGCGACGAGUACAACAACCACUGGCACACCACGCACGCCCACAUACUGGCCUCCUCGCCGGCAUUCUGGAGAUACACCGAGUCCUAUGUACAAAACCAUGUACUCCCCAUACCAGCAGCACUAGCCCACGGCCCUGAGCCCCCCUUUGACGGGAUAGCCAAGACAUAUCAGAAACCUCGCGACGACCUGGUCAAGGAUGACUUCUUCAACGACCCCUCGUAUCUCACCGUCGUGCGACAAGACGAACUAAACUUCCUCUCCGUCUACGAAUGUACCACUCUCUACAACAUCGAGCACAUCGUCAAGGACGGCCCGAGAUCAGGCGUCAAAUACCUCUCGUUCCUGCGGCGUUCGGAGGGUCUAGACCACGAACAGUUCCUUGACUACUGGAUUCAUCAACACGCCGCGCUAGUGAAAAUCGUUAAGCCAUUUUACAGCCUGGUACGGCGCUAUGUUCAGCAUCACGGGAGGCUGGACUUGCAUCGGCCAAUGGCUGGAGAAGGAAAGCCGGAGACUUUUGAUGGGGUUGUCGAGCUGUACUUUGACUCUGUUGAUGAUUUGGAAAAGGCGUAUACUCAUCCGGAAUACCUGGCUAUUCUACGACCGGAUGAGGCGCGAUUUAUCAAAGGCCCGAGUAUGCGUUUUGUUGUGGAGGAGCGUCCGGUGAAUAAAGCAAACAGUGGGGGAUCAUAA